UCAGGGAGCAAAGGAGCCCUACAGGGAACGCGGGGGGGAAACGGUGCAGAAUCCUCCAACGGUAGGGGUGGGUUCGUAAGACUGGAGCGAAGGCUCCACCCACGCCUUAGAGUGCCAACUCAGCACAAGGCGGAAGGCAGUCGCCAGGUAGCCACAGAGAGGGCCAUUUAAACAGGAGACACCUGACGCACGCCGGGUCCUCUCCCAGACCGCCCAGCCCAGCUCCGGGGGCGGAGGGCCGUCGCGCCGCUAGCCUAUCAUCACUGCCCAAGCCCGCGAACUCUCUUCCUCAUUGGCGAGCCACAGGGUGACGUCACGUUCUCCGGACCUGCAAAGGAGGAGGGCGCCAUGAUUGGUUGGCGCUGGGGCGGCGGGCGGUGGAGGACCCUCGCGAGUCUGGGUUUCCAGCCGGUGCUGGACUUUCCCCUUCCAUGUUCCGAGGCCGUGGGGAACUGCAGAGGGCGGGGAGUUGGCUCGGCGGAGACCUGGAUUUGGUUCUAAGAGCCUUGGGGUUGAGAAGGGGUGACCGGAAGUGAUCGUGGGACUGACCGGAAGCGAGGCCUGGAGGGGAAAGAGAGAGCGGGUCCCUGGAGGGAGGGGGGCUUACCGCAGAAGGGGACUGGGGGAAAAGGUGCGAAAGCGGCGUGGGAGCGCCGGGCAGGCAGCGGGUCGCUGCUGCUGGUCUGUUUGGAAGGCAGCAAGUGACUACCACGAGCUCAAGGGGAGAGCCCAGGGAUUGAGAGGACGGGAGUCCAGGGCUGCCUCGGGGGAAUCUGGAAUAGUUAAGCAGAGGGGCCCGCGCGUGGCUCCAGAGAGCUGGGAGGGACGGAUUUUGGAAGUCGAGGCAGGAGCUAGGAGCCGAGGGUACAGCAGAUUAGUUGUGCGGGCAGUGCGGUUCAGGCUUGGGGUUGGCCAGUGGGAACUGCGUGGGAGAUCUUGGUUUGGAGUUUUCGACAGUCUUGGCCCCAUUGGGUAGAAUCACACUACUUGCCUUUGUACAAGAAACGGUGUCUUCUGGGGCAAGGAAGGAGCCAGCAUGGCCUGGGCUCUGAAGCUGCCUCUGGCCGAUGAAGUGAUUGAAUCUGGGCUGGUGCAGGACUUUGAUGCUAGUCUGUCCGGGAUCGGCCAGGAACUGGGUGCUGGUGCCUAUAGCAUGAGUGACUAUUGUGGAAGAAAUGGAACAAGAGAUUGUAGGCAGUGUGAAGUCUGUGCAGGACCAGUGGAAGAAGCAAGAAUGGCCCUUGUGAUGUCCUUGCGUUGCCCAUUUUUAAGCAAGAAGAGUCAAGUUUGCCCCCUGAUAAUGAGAAUAAAAUCCUGCCUUUUCAAUAUGUGCUCUGUGCUGCCACCUCUCCAGCAGUGAAACUCCAUGAUGAAACCCUGACAUAUCUCAAUCAAGGACAGUCUUAUGAAAUUCGUAUGCUAGACAAUAGGAAACUUGGAGAACUUCCAGAAAUUAAUGGCAAGUUGGUGAAGAGUAUAUUCCGUGUAGUGUUCCAUGACCGGCGGCUCCAGUAUACUGAACAUCAGCAGCUGGAGGGCUGGAGGUGGAACCGACCUGGAGAUAGAAUUCUUGACAUUGAUAUCCCAAUGUCUGUUGGUAUAAUCGAUCCUAGAGCUAAUCCAACCCAACUGAACACAGUGGAGUUCCUGUGGGACCCGGCAAAGAGGACAUCUGUGUUUAUCCAGGUACACUGCAUUAGCACAGAAUUCACUAUGAGGAAGCAUGGAGGAGAAAAGGGAGUGCCGUUCCGAGUACAAAUUGAUACGUUCAAGGAAAAUGAAAAUGGGGAAUAUACCGAGCACUUACACUCCGCCAGCUGCCAGAUCAAAGUCUUCAAGCCCAAAGGUGCAGACAGAAAGCAAAAAACGGAUCGGGAGAAAAUGGAGAAACGAACACCUCACGAAAAGGAGAAAUACCAGCCUUCUUAUGAGACAACUAUACUCACAGAGUGUUCUCCAUGGCCUGAGAUCACAUACGUCAACAAUUCCCCAUCACCUGGCUUCAACAGUUCCCACAGCAGUUUUUCCCUUGGGGAAGGAAAUGGUUCACCAAACCACCAGCCAGAGCCACCCCCUCCAGUCACAGAUGUAAGUCUAAAGUUAAAUAACCUCUUGCCAACGACCACACCUCAGGAAGCUCAGCAGUGGUUGCAUCGAAAUCGUUUUUCUACGUUCACAAGGCUUUUUACAAACUUCUCAGGGGCAGAUUUAUUGAAACUAACUAGAGAUGAUGUGAUCCAAAUCUGUGGCCCUGCCGAUGGAAUCAGACUUUUUAAUGCAUUAAAAGGCCGGAUGGUGCGCCCAAGGCUAACCAUUUAUGUUUGUCAGGAAUCCUUACAGUUGAGGGAGCAGCAACAGCAGCAGCAGCAGCAGAAGCGUGAGGAUGGAGACUCAAAUGGUACUUUCUUCGUGUACCACGCCAUCUAUCUAGAAGAGCUGACAGCUGUUGAACUGACAGAAAAAAUGGCUCAGCUCUUCAGCAUCUCCCCUCGCCAGAUCGGCCAGAUCUACAAGCGGGGGCCGACAGGAAUCCACGUGCUCAUCAGUGAUGAGAUGAUACAGAACUUUCAGGAAGAAGCCUGUUUUAUUCUGGACACAAUGAAAGCAGAAACCAAUGACAGCUAUCAUAUCAUACUGAAGUAGGUGCCGGGCGGUCCAUCCGCAGCGGCUGCCGCUUCCCUCAGCCCUUGGAAGCUUCCCUCUUGAAGGGAGUCGCUCGCUAAUGGAGAUUGGAAGGUCUGCAGGAACUGACCCAUCUGACUGUGUCGGGGGGAGUCCAGGCCACGGACGCAGAAUCCCAGGCAUCUGUUGGCCUAAGCUCUCGUGGCACACACGGAUUAUUGCCCAACAUGCAUUUCUGCAGCUGUUUCUUAGUUAAAAUUUAUGGACCCUGUUGUUGUUGAAUAUCAUUAGAAACUCCACACCAUUUAGGGUGUUUGUAGGGCAUAACGAUGAUGAGAAUUGUGUGAUGUUCAAUGGAAAGAUGUUAAAUUUUGUGAUAUGGAGCCAUGUAAUUUUUUUCUAAUAUAAAAGCAAACGUCUAUAUUCCUAAGACUAGAUCCGCAGUCUCUUUUGCAUCGUACAUACUAGCUUUUGCCACAGUCGGCCCCUGAAAACCUCACCAAAGAGGAGAAAUACAGAGAUAGAACAGAAUUUUUCUUUUGGUUGCCCUGUCAUACCAAGACUACUAGUAAUUUUAGCUAACAUUUACUGAGUAUUUACCUGUGCCGAGUAGUGUGAUGAAUUCUUUGAGUGGCUUACCUUGUCGAACUCCUUUUUAAUAAUCCUCUCUGAAGGAGGUAAUGAUGGCCCCUAACUGAAGGUGAGGAAGUGGGGACCUAGAGUGGCUAAGGAGCUUGCCAAGUGACAGGCACCUAGCAAGCAGUGUCGCUGAAAUCCAAACCCAGGCAAUCUGGCUCAUUUUAACUGCCGGCCACGAUGCUGUCCUUGCAGUGCCCUGUGCUUGUCGCUGUCUCUUACCGUGGCUCUUCUGGAGGAUAGGACGGAACACCGCCUGACAACCAAGGAAUCAACCACUGACAGGGACAAACCACACCUAAAUAAUGACACACAAACGAAGACCUACAAAAACCGGGAACACACAUGCUUUUGAAGCAUCAUCAGUUACCAGAUUCACAGACUCUGAGGUGGUGAAAACGAGGGGUCAUCUGUAACUCCCCAAAUUCACUGUUCUUGAAUGAGCUUCUCAAACUAUUUAUUAAUGAGUUUGGCUAGCCCCUGCUUUCUGUUCCCCGCUCUGCAUCUGUCCUCGGUAUAGGAAAUUCUUUUACUCAUGUAGUGUUCUUUUAUAUAAGCUUUAUGAGAAAUGCAUUCCGAUCCCCGCCACACUCUUCCCAUUCAUCUUAGUUCUUAAAGCGUGUGUGCGUGUGUGUGUCUGUGCGUGUGUGCAUACACGUGUAAGACUAUGGGUUGUCUUUUUUCACAUGUAGAGUUUUAUCCAGAAAUCCCUUUACCCAUUACGUUGAGGUGAAAAAAGAUAAUGUUCAAAGAUUCUGUAAUGGAUUUGGAUCUGUGCGUGUGUGUUUUUAAAGCAUUUGAUAAAGUUUAAAUGUUUUUAUACAGAGAAUUUUGUUCAUUAAAAUCAACCCACAAUA